AACCCUGAAGACGCUCUCCGAAGGUUAUAGCGGCAGUGAAGGGUCUGCUGACGUCACUGGAGGACUGGAGCUGUUAGCGUCAAAGUUACUGGUCUUCGUUCACUAUUAACCUCGGUGUCGCAGUGUAAAAUGGAUGAAUGGGAGGAAGAGACUUCCAGUGCCAGUCCAGGGCCCAGCUACUUCAAUAGCCAAGACUCCUUGACUGAAGACAAGCGCGACUUUGACAAAGGCUCCGGUGGAAGAGGCAGAGGAGGAGGAUUCAAGAGCUCACCUCCAUCAGAUGGUGACUCUUGGUGCAAGAAUGGAGAAAGAGGUGGAAGAGGAGGCAGAGGAGGCCAAGGUCGUGGAUUCGGCAGAACAGAACAGAGUGACUUUGGUGGUGAUCAGAGAGGGCGAGGACGAGGCUUUGGAGGAGGUUACAGAGGCAGAGACAAGCUGGAGUCCCCUCGAGGACAAAAUGAUGUGCCGUGUCUGGACGAGGCUGAAAAACCCAAGGUGACCUAUGUUCCUCCAACACUCCCUGAGGACGAGGACAGCAUCUUUGCCCAUUAUCAGACCGGCAUUAACUUCGACAAGUACGACGACAAAAUGGUGGACGUGAGUGGGGUCAACCCUCCUCAAGCAAUCAUGACGUUUGAUGAGGCGGCGUUUUGCGAGUCUCUCAGUAGAAACAUCCACAAGUCUGGUUACACCAAGCCGACUCCUGUGCAGAAGCACGGUAUUCCCAUCGUCUCUGCCGGGAGGGACCUCAUGGCCUGUGCCCAGACUGGAUCCGGGAAGACGGCGGCGUUUCUCCUCCCCAUUCUGCAGCAGAUGAUGGCUGAUGGUGUCGCUGCCAGCAGCUUCAGUGAGCUGCAGGAGCCCCAAGCCGUCAUUGUGGCCCCAACCAGGGAGCUGAUCAACCAAAUCUAUCUGGAGGCCAGGAAGUUUGCUCAUGGCACCUGUGUGCGUCCCGUGGUGGUUUACGGCGGAGUUCAGACUGGUCACCAGAUGAGGGACAUCUCCAGAGGCUGCAACGUUCUGUGCGGGACCCCGGGGCGACUGCUGGACAUGAUUGGACGAGGAAAGGUGGGGCUGGCUCAGGUGCGCACCCUGGUGCUGGAUGAGGCGGAUCGCAUGUUGGACAUGGGUUUUGAGCCGGACAUGCGGCGCCUGGUGGGCUCCCCGGGAAUGCCAUCCAAAGAGAACCGUCAGACUCUGAUGUUCAGUGCGACCUUUCCAGAAGACAUCCAGAGGUUGGCAGCUGACUUCCUCAAGACUGACUACCUGUUCCUGGCUGUGGGUGUGGUGGGCGGAGCCUGCACGGAUGUGGAGCAGAAGAUGAUCCAAGUGUCCAAGUUUGACAAGAGGUGGCAGCUUCUGGAAAUCCUGAAGACCACUGGUGAGGAGACUGGCUGCUUGGCUCUGGUUCUAGCUGCUCCACGUGACGUCUUGUUUGCAGGGUCAGAGCGCACCAUGGUUUUCGUAGGAACCAAGAGGAUGGCAGAUUUUAUUGCCGUCUUCCUGUGCCAGGAAAACGUCCCAACCACCAGCAUUCACGGGGACCGGGAGCAGCGGGAAAGGGAGCUGGCCCUGACAGACUUCCGCUCUGGAAAAUGUCCCGUGCUUGUGGCCACAUCUGUAGCUGCCCGAGGUCUGGACAUUCCAGAUGUGCAGCAUGUGGUGAACUUUGACCUUCCAGGCGGCAUCGACGAAUACGUCCACCGUAUUGGGAGAACUGGCCGCUGUGGCAACGUGGGAAGGGCCGUGUCCUUCUUUGACCCAGACGCGGAUCGUCAGCUGGCCGGCUCGCUGGUCUCCGUCCUGGCCCAGGCUCAACAAGAAGUGCCCGGGUGGCUGGAAGAGUCGGCCUUCAGUGGACCUGCGUCCUCCACUUUCAACCCUCUGAGGAGCUUUUCUUCUGCAGACUCCAGGAAGUUUUCUAACGGAGCAGGCCCAGCGGUGCAGCCCGCCACUGCAGCUGAGGAUGAGGAAGACUGGGGCUGAAGACGCCUCAGUGAUGCCUCCUGUGUUCGUGUUCGGCGUGACAUGUUUUAUGUUUAUUUGAAGCCUGUUUUUAAGUUCUGUUUGAGAAGAAUCUGUCUCUGAUGAGACAACAUAAACCUG